CUUUGAUCCCACGCCUCGCUGAAAUCGCUCCUCCUCGCUCUCUCAGGCUUUGUACCCAAAGCUGAACCCACGCCGCGGCUACCUUCCACAAGACACCGGGGCUGCUAAACAUCCGAAAAUGGCUCUUCACGUUCCCAAAGCGCCGGGCUUUGCCCAAAUGUUGAAGGAUGGCGCCAAGCACUAUUCAGGGCUCGAGGAGGCAGUCUAUCGUAACAUCAAAGCCUGUAAGGAGCUUUCUCAGACCACACGCACCGCCUAUGGGCCCAACGGUAUGAACAAAAUGGUCAUCAACCACCUGGAGAAGCUCUUUGUCACCAAUGACGCCGCAACGAUUCUCAGAGAGCUCGAGGUGCAGCAUCCUGCCGCCAAAAUGAUUGUGAUGGCAUCCCACAUGCAAGAGCAGGAGGUUGGAGACGGUACAAACUUCGUCCUGGUGUUUGCUGGAGCUCUGCUGGAGCUGGCUGAAGAGCUUCUUAGGAUGGGACUGUCGGUGUCGGAGGUGAUUGAAGGCUAUGAGAAGGCGUGUAAAAAGACUCUGGAGAUGCUGUCGGACUGCGUGUGUUCCUCAGCCAAGGACCUACAUGACAUUAAGGAGGUGACCUCUCUCAUCCGCACAGCCGUCAUGAGCAAACAGUACGGCAACGAGGACUUCCUCGCCAGCCUCAUCGCACAGGCCUGUGUGUCCAUCUUCCCAGAGUCCGGCAAUUUCAAUGUUGAUAAUGUCCGAGUAUGCAAGAUUUUGGGUUGUGGAGUGACGGCGUCCUCCAUGCUGCACGGCAUGGUUUUCAAGAAGGAAGUGGAGGGAGACAUCACAUCAGUGAAAGAUGCUAAGGUCGCCAUCUUCUCCUGCCCCUUUGACUGCAUGGUGACAGAGACCAAGGGCACAGUGCUGAUAAAGAGUGCAAAGGAGCUCAUGGACUUCAGUAAGGGAGAGGAGGACAUGAUGGAGGCUCAGGUGAAGGCCAUCAAGGAGUCCGGUGCCAACGUGGUGGUGACCGGGGGGAAAGUGGCUGACAUGGCGCUGCACUAUGCCAACAAGUACAACCUGAUGGUGGUCAGGCUUAACUCCAAGUGGGACCUCAGGAGGUUAUGCAAGACUCUGGGAGCUAUAGCACUGCCCAGGAUGACGGCCCCAACUCCAGACGAGAUGGGUCACUGUGACAACGUCUACAUCGAAGAGGUGGGGGACACUCAGGUGGUGGUCUUCAAACACGAGAAAGAGGACGGUGUCCUCUCAACGGUGGUGAUCAGAGGCUCCACUGACAACCUGAUGGACGACAUAGAGAGAGCUGUAGAUGAUGGAGUCAACACCUUCAAGGUUCUGGUCAGGGACAAGCGACUGGUUCCUGGAGCGGGAGCCAUUGAGAUUGAACUGGCCAAACAGAUCACCUCAUAUGGAGAGUCCUGCCCGGGCCUCGAACAAUACGCCAUUAAGAAGUUUGCUGAAGCCUUCGAGGCUAUUCCACGAGCACUGGCUGAGAACUCCGGUGUGAAGGGGAGCGAACUCAUCUCCAAAAUGUACUCUGCGCACCACGAGGGAAACAAAAACAUCGGCUUCGACAUCGAGGGAGAAGGCCCCGCUUUGAAGGACAUGCUUGAAGCUGGCAUUCUGGAGCCGUACCUGGUCAAAUACUGGGGCAUCAAAAUGGCUACCAACGCUGCCAUCACAGUACUGAGAGUUGACCAGAUCAUCAUGGCUAAGGCUGCAGGGGGACCCAAGGCUCCCAAGCAGAGAGGCCACUGGGACAAGGACGACUGGGAGGAAGCGCCUGAUAAUUUUGACUCUCACCAUUAAGAGAGCGCACACACACUCCUCCGUCAGUAGGUCCUGGAAUGCGCGUGUGUGUGUUUUUGACUCACACCGAUGUGCUCACGGGACACUGAAGCUGUGAAACGUUUUUCUUUUGCCCGUCACUACUAACGGCCACUUCUCGAGUGUUUUUCAAUAAUACCAAGUGUGUCACUGACGGAAGACUAAAUCACUCCGACUAUAAACGAAUACAGUAUGGUUUGAUGGCAUGAUGCAUGCACUCAUGAACGCUAUUUAUCGCACUGGACGUCCUCCGGCAAGUGCAGAAUUUUAAAAUGUUGCAUGUGAUAUAAUUUGAUAUAGGGAACAUGUGAAUGAGUGGCUUUGUUGUCUGGAGGGUCAUUUUCCUCUAAUCACUGAAGCCAUUUUUCGGUUGUAGCACAUUUUCUCUUUGACCAUAAGUAUGCCAUAUGUGCUCAUGAAUAAUUCAUCACCAUAGAUGCUCCACUUUGGUAUCUGUCUGGAUUUAAAUCGGCCCCUUCGACUUUGAAACAGGUCUGCUUCAGUUCGAGCUGUAAACGUUUAACCUGCCUGCCUCACAGUCUGCAGCCUGCUGCGCGGACCUCCGUGCUCUUGAUUUCCAGACAGGAAGCACCGACUGACCGCUGUC